UUCGCCAAAUGGGGAUAUUGCGUUGCAUUUCAACCCUCGGUUCAAUGAACGACGGGUGGUUCGCAAUACGCUACAAAGCCAGCAGUGGGGCAUGGAAGAAAGCAAUGAGCCAUUCCCUUCCAAUCUUUUGCCUGGUCAAACUUUUGAGAUAAUAAUUCUAGUGGAACCAAACUGUUACAAGAUUGCAAUAAAUGGCCAGCACUAUACACAGUAUGCACACCGCAUCCCUAUAAAUUACAUUACUGCGGUUGGUGUUGAUGGAGAUGUGACAUUGACUGGAGUGAAGUUUGAAGGUGCUGGGAUUCCUAUGGCUGGCCUAGUACCCGUUGAAAAUCCACCAAUACCUGCAGUGCCACCUCAUGGUAUGCCACCAGUGCAGCCACCACAGCCAAGUCACCAGCCAGGACAUGGAGGCGGUUUUUAUAAACCUGAUAAACAUGGAAAGCACGGGAAACUAAAAAAGCAGAAGAAGUUAAAGAAACAGAAAAUGAAGAAGCACAAACAUGGAAAGUCUAGUAGUUCCAGUAGUUCUAGCAACUCCAGUGACGAAGAAGAAUAAACCAAUACUGUGUGCUGGCAAGUGUAUAAUUAAUACAUUCAGUAAUUGAUAUUAACAGGAAAAAGACAUUUACUUACUGAUGAUAUUAUAUCAAGAGUAAAAGAAUAUACCACAUCAGUGAAACUUAUAAGUGAGAUCGGAAAGUCCCGGUGCCAAUUAAGGUCAAAGGUCAAGCGGUAUAACAUUGCCUCACCGCGCCAUUGAAAAGUACGCAAAAAAUGUAAUCACUCAUGCAUUUUUAGUUUCUGUACCAACACAAACAGUGCAAAAUAUCCCAAAUUAGCACAAUCAUAUUUAUAAAUGUUUCUAUGAACAGAAAGGCACAUGUGAUUUGAAGUACGAUGUUAUUGAAGAGAAAUAUAGAUAAAAAAACCUAGACAUUCUCACGGAUCCGUGUAUCUUUGUAUACAUACGUAUCAAGAGUAGAUAAUAACACAAGAGUGCGGCACCCGAUUCCCGCAUUUUUAACCGAUUUUUCUCAUCAAAA